GGAGUAGAAAGAAGCAGAGAGAGAGUGUUGAGAGUGGAAAAAAGAGGGUUUGGGUUUUGGCCUUUUCCACUUUUGUCUAAUAACCUCCUCUUCUUUUCUCCUUAUAAUUACCCUCUUCCCCCUUCAACAUUCCAUUACCUAUUCAGCCAUGGACAACCAUCGCUCUUCUCUUCUCACCUUUGCUUAUUGCUGCCAGGGAAAGACCAUGGAAGAUUUGAAACAUUCUCUCUUGUACACUACUCUGGAGCUUGAACAAACAAGAAUUGCAGUUCAGCAGGAGCUGAAGAAGAGAGAUGAUCAGCUACUCUUACUCAAAGAUCUACUUUCCAAGACUGCCAAGGAAAGAGACGAAGCUCAAAUCAAGUGCCAAACACUACUUCUUGAGAGACUCCUUCUCCAACAACAACAACAACAAACAGCUCCUCUUUCUGGAAUUUCAAGCAUUGAAGAUGAACCUAGAUCCCACAAUGGCUUCUCUUCAUCGGACUGUGAAGAAAGCAUUGUCUCAUCUCCGGUAAUUGACACAAUUCCACCGCUACCUCAACCUCUAUCGCAGUCCACAAUUGAGUUACUUCCAGAGAAGCCAUUGCCUGAGAAGGGAAAGCUUUUGCAGGCGGUUAUGAAAGCCGGUCCGCUUCUGCAGACUCUUCUCCUGGCCGGACCUUUGCCUCAAUGGAGACACCCACCACCACCGCUGGAGUCCUUUGAGAUCCCACCGGUCACAAUUCCAUCACCGCCGCCGCAGCUUCUCCACCAGGACUCCUUUCUCAGCGUCAAUGGCUGCGGUAGCAAACUCAACAGGAAAAGAGCUGCGUGUGAUGGGUCAGAUUCUCCCACAGAAGUAAAGUUUCAAAGAGUUGUUCUCCAUUGACUGACUACUACUACCACUACCACGGCACAGUAGCCCCAAACAACUCGACAAUUCUUAAUUUCUUUUACUCUUAUUAUAUAUAUAUAUAUAUAUAUAUGUAGGUUAGUGAUAGUUGAUGAAGAUGGGUAAGUGACCCCAGAGAGUGAUCCCAGAGUAGUGAUUUUUGUAUAGUAGUUUUCUAACACUCAUAUCCUAUAUAUCCUUAUUGCUACUUAGAAAAGGUAUUGGUAUAUAAUUAGGGCCUAAAAACCUUAAGAGAACACCGUGGCCCAAUUCAUGGUAAGUUUGUGAUUUUACGAACUAUAUCAUGCUCAAAACUUAGGAAAUGUUUUUAGUGCAUGAAAAGUUUGGUGUCUCGUGCUCAAAACAUUGGAAUGUGUUGUAGGGCAUGAUAAGUUUGAUGGGUUUUUCAAACUGUAUCAUGCUCAAAUAUUUGAAAAUGUUUUUAGGGCAUGAUAAGUUCCAUAUCUCAUGCUCAAAACCUUGGAAUGUGUUGUAGGGCAUGAUAAGCUUGAUGGGUUUUUCGAACUGUAUCAAUUGUUAAGGUGUGCAGAGUGACAUGCUCACAAGUUUGAAUUCAGUAGAGAGAGAGAGAGAGAGAGAGAGUGGAGAUUUUUGUGUGAGUAUUGGGAAGUUGUUGGGGGUUUGGAAGAGAAGCAACAACCAGGAAGCCUAAAGAGCCCAGCUUGUCGGGCCAAGUGGAUCCCGCAAAUCAGAAUCAGGAUCUGCUGCUCUUGUGAUUGUAUCAUUUUAUUAACUCCUUUCUUGACUAUUUAAGUUCCAAUCAAUCUUCUCCUUUUCUAUA